CGCUUACAUAUUACCCAUAAUUCCUUUUACUUUCUCUUUCUGUCAGCCUCUCAAGAUGCCGAAAGGGAAGAAAGCCAAGGGGAAGAAGGUGGCCCCGGCUCCUGCUGUGGUGAAGAAGCAGGAGGCCAAGAAGGUGGUAAAUCCCCUGUUUGAGAAGAGGCCGAAGAACUUCGGCAUUGGACAGGACAUCCAGCCCAAGAGAGACCUCACCCGCUUUGUCAAAUGGCCCCGUUACAUCCGGUUGCAGCGGCAGAGGGCUAUCCUGUAUAAGCGGCUGAAGGUGCCUCCUGCGAUUAACCAGUUCACCCAGGCCUUGGACCGCCAAACAGCUACCCAGCUGCUUAAACUCGCCCAUAAGUACAGACCAGAGACAAAGCAAGAGAAGAAGCAGAGGCUGUUGGCCCGGGCUGAGAAGAAAGCUGCUGGCAAAGGAGAUGUCCCCACGAAGAGACCACCGGUCCUCAGAGCAGGUGUUAACACUGUCACUACCCUGGUAGAGAACAAGAAGGCUCAACUAGUGGUGAUCGCACACGAUGUGGACCCCAUUGAGCUGGUUGUGUUCCUGCCUGCCCUAUGUCGCAAGAUGGGGGUCCCUUACUGUAUCAUCAAGGGGAAGGCCAGGCUGGGGCGUCUAGUCCACAGGAAGACAUGCACCACUGUUGCUUUCACACAAGUCAACUCGGAAGACAAAGGUGCUCUAGCUAAGCUGGUGGAGGCAAUCAGGACCAACUACAACGACAGAUAUGAUGAGAUCCGCCGUCACUGGGGAGGCAAUGUCCUGGGUCCCAAAUCUGUGGCUCGCAUCGCUAAGCUGGAAAAGGCAAAGGCUAAAGAACUUGCCACUAAACUGGGCUAAGUGUAUCGAGUUUUCUGUACAUAAAAUAAUAAAUCAUCAACCUAG